AUGGGUAUCAAGGCUACCGCUCCUUCAAGAAUAUCACCAGAUGUCGGCACGAGGACCUGUAUGGAACUGUUUAAACCAACGGCAACUGUUACUUUUAAUGAUAUCCAAGAAAUGUUCAUGAUGAGCUAUUCGACACUGAGAAGAAUGCGCUACACGGAACUCGAGGACCGGUACACGUUUGAGAUAUUCUGGAUAGGAAGCGUGUCUGCGGUUUUCCCAGGAUUCCUCACUAACGUUGAUGCAGCAACAGAAUGCUAUGGCAACUACACAGUGUUAUUUUUUGCUAGUUCGGCUUCAUGCUUCAGUCGCAAUGGCAGUAUCUUUACGGCCGAGUCUUGUCCCACAGACCUUUUCACAGCCUAUUUCAGUGAGUCCGGAUUCUCUGAUCUCCACGCCAUUACAUCGGUUGACAAGAAUUUUCACAGUCUGUACGUGUUCAGGAAUAACGUCGCCUAUCAGCUCCUGUACGACGAGAGCGGCACCAGGUACCUGUUGAACAGCAGUCUGCCUAUAACGGACUCUGACAGUCCGUGGGCGGAGGCUCCCGACGGACUCUCUGCCGUGUGCUAUUUCCAAAACGACUAUUACUUUAUGUUCGAGGCACACAAGUGGUAUGUCUACUUCUCUAGCCCAACUAAGCGGAUUUCCCAAAUUGCCUAUGUUUGUAAUUAGCUGUAAGUGCCGUUAUAUAUGUUCAGGAGGUAGAGCCUUCGCAGAGUGUUUGACUGGUACCAUCGUGUUUUAUCAUAGAGAAUUCAUUUAACGUUAGACGUAAAAAAAAAUGCCAGUCUUCUAUAUAUGAUUCUGAUUUUAUAACAAUAUAUUCAUCGACUACAUCUACGAUCAUGAUGUACGUUUUCACUCCGUUUCGGGUGUUUUGCAUUACGAUGACUGCCACCUUCAGAGACGACGUAUCCUUCCUACUGUUAGGUUGAUUAAAGGUAAUCCCAAGGUAUUCAACUAUCGCUGUUGGAACAUUUGUACAAUUUUGAAACAAAACAACAAGGAAAUAAAAAUGUCUACUAACGUUUUAUUGGGUAAAUUGAGAUAACAAGUGAUAUAUUAUAUUCGGUAUUUCGGGUAGCCUAUGGCCAUUUAACAUUUGUAUCUC